AUGACGGGUGAAAAAGCUAAGGAGCCAGAUGCUAAGGAGAAGAAACCUGAAGCCAAGAAGGCUGAUGGCGGUGGCAAGGUUAAAAAGGCUAACCUCAAGGCUAAAAAGCCCAAGAAGGGGAAGCCCCACUGCAGCCGAAAUCCUGUCCUCGUUAGAGGAAUUGGCAGAUAUUCCCGAUCUGCUAUGUAUUCCAGAAAGGCCAUGUACAAGAGGAAAUACUCAGCGAAUAAGUCCAGGAUUGAAAAGAAGAAGAAGGAGAAGGUUCCUGCUACUAUCACAAAACCAGUUGGUGGUGACAAGAAUGGUGGUACCCGGGUGGUUAAACUUCGCAAAAUGCCUAGAUAUUAUCCUACUGAAAAUGUUCCUCGAAAGCUGUUGAGCCACGGCAAAAAACCUUUCAGUCAGCACGUGAGAAGACUGCGAGCUAGCAUCACUCCAGGGACCAUUCUGAUCAUCCUUACUGGGCGCCACAGAGGCAAGAGGGUGGUUUUCUUGAAGCAGCUGAGCAGUGGGUUGCUACUUGUGACUGGACCUCUGGUCCUCAAUCGGGUUCCUCUGCGUAGAACACACCAGAAAUUUGUCAUCGCCACCUCUACAAAAAUUGAUAUCAGCAAUGUAAAAAUACCAAAACAUCUCACUGAUGCAUACUUUAAGAAGAAGAAGCUGCAGAAGCCUAGACACCAGGAAGGUGAGAUCUUCGACACAGAAAAAGAGAAGUACGAGAUUACAGAGCAGCGCAAGGCAGAUCAGAAAGCUGUGGACUCGCACAUUUUACCAAAAAUCAAAGCUGUUCCUCAGCUCCAAGGCUACCUGCGAUCUCUGUUUGCCCUGACAAAUGGAAUUUAUCCUCACAAAUUGGUGUUCUAAAUUUCUUACCAAGAACCAAAUUAAAUAACUGAUACAUUUCAAAAAAA